UGGAUAUUUUUCCGCUUAAAUACACGAAGUUUUUUUUUUCUUUGCUGGUUACGGUUUUACUCCGAGGCUCAAUGUGAAAAGUAACUUUCCGUGUUGUUGGCGUCGCGGUGCUUUCGGGGCUCCGAGGGGCCCGCUGUGUUGCAAACUAGACUGGAAGGUGGGGGAGCCGAGUGGGAGGCUGCGACGGCGGAUGGGAGGUAUUUACUGGGACCCGGCGUGUUCAGCUUUCAGUUUACAGUCGGAGGUUUUACUUCUGUCUGCGUGUGAACCGCUGAACGAGCUCUCUCUCAGGGAGGAAAACGCCGCUGAAGCCGCCGGGGAGUAGACGUUGGCGGCGGGCAGACGGGCAGCCGUUGGUCGGUGCUCUGCUCCGGCGUUAGCCGCUUGAACUCGACCGUUGUGUCAAGGGUUUUUACCGGAGAAACGUCUGGAUGUGGACCCAGAAGACGUGUAAAAUAGCAUUUCGGAAACAACACGACUCUUAAACGUGUGCUGGCUUCACACAGAGGGCCAGUGUCAGGAUGCUGCUGCUCCAGUGAAGCCCUCGUGAUCGGAUGAAGAAAGAACCACUGACUACCAGUAUGGACCUGCUCCAUCCUUGAGCCUCCAACAAUCCUUAGUUGUCUGUGUUCAGAUCUGCAGCUGAGUCUACUGAACUCUGAACCGUGACCAGCACCAGUCUAUGACUGACCUCCUGCCAGGUGAUCGGUCUUGUGCCACAAUGAUGUCAGUAGAUGUGACCAAUCGUAAUGGGCCUGCUGCCACGCCUCCCACCUCACUCAGCCUUCGCUCCUCACACAACCAGCUUCUCAGCAGCGAUGUCAUCAGUCAGGGCUCCGCCACGCCUCCCAAGUGUCGUAAAAAGUAUGCACUUACCAGUAUCCAGGCUGCAAUGGGCCUCGGAGAAGCCAUGUCACCUUCUUCAUCAUCACCAUCAUCUCCAUCACAGUCUUCAACCCCCAAUAACCCUAAACUAGCCAAGAAUGGGGUCAACCAGCUUCGUAAAGCUGGUCAGGACCACAACAAAAACACAACUGGCUCUGACCCGAUGGACCUGGAGUGUAAUUCAGAAACUCUAGCAGAUGGCCUUAAUGUCAACACAGCCGAGGAACAAGAUAGUCACACUCUUACCAAUAACGACCGAGAAGAAGAUGUCUUUGAGCUCGACGCUGAACUUCACCCAGAUACCCAGAACAGUGAUGCAGAGCCUGAGCAGAAAACAGAAUCAGACAUAGACUGUAACACGAACACAACUGCGGAGCUCAAAAUGAACAGCAGUGCAGCAGAUUUGGACUUUGAUUUGAACAUUGAGGCAGAAGAAACGGAUGACAUCAGCAUUCUGUCAGAGAAGGAAAUAAUAUCAAAGAUGAAGAUUGAGGAAGAUGAGGCGGUGGAGGAUCAGGAAGAUGAGGAGAAGAAGCCUUUGCUGAUGAUAACAAGUGAUUCUCCUGUUAAGAACCACAAAGUUUCUCCAGGCCUGGAACUCAUCACUGACCUCCACUCCAACCUCAAGCUCCUCAGAUCAGGCAAGAACUCUCUGCUGCCUCCCCCUCCUUCCCCUCCCCGGCAGGCCAGUCCAGAGGACACUCCUCUGCUCUCUGUGGCCUCCUGUCCCUCGUCUUCUUCCUCCUCUCCAGAGACGAAGAAGGACAGAAGGACUGGCGCAAAGACAGACUGUGCUUUGAACCGCAUCCAGAAUCUGAACCCUAGUGAUGAAGAGUUGAGCUGGACUACCCUGUCCCAGGAGAGCAACUCUCCAGAGGAGACAGAUAUCUGGAGUGAACAGUCUUUCCAGACAGACCCUGACCUUCCUCCAGGAUGGAAGAAAAUCACAGAUAUGGCCGGUAUCUACUACUGGCACAUCCCUACAGGCACCACCCAGUGGGAGCGGCCUGCCACCCAUCCUGCUCCCCCUGGACAGACAGAGUCCCCGGCCCUGGGUGACCACACAGCCUCAAAGCCACGUAAACACUCCCUGGGCUCACUCAGCCCCUCACCCACUCCUGACCAUGAGUCAUGCCAGGCGGAGGUCUUCUUUAGGGCUUCAACUCGCUCAGGAAGCACCACCUCUGACAGUUCAGUGGAGCCUCUCUCCACUCAUGAGCCCAUCCUCCCUACAUGUGGAUUUGUCAACAGCUGCUAUUUUCCUCGCUCCACAUCUCUGCAGGGGAUGUCGGAUCAAGACUGUCGCUCUCAGCAUCACGAAGAUGAGGACAAGAAACAGGUGUGGAGUGAAUUUGGCGGAAAAAUUGAUAGUGAAGUGUGGAAGGACCUGCAGGCAGCCACGGUGAACCCCGACCCCAGUCUGAAGGAGUUUGAGGGUGCUACACUUCGCUACGCAUCACUCAAGCUAAGGAACCGUCCAGCUGUGGAAGAAGAGGAGUCCAGCAGUGUCAACAGUGACCCAGAGGCAAAGUGUUUUGCAGUGCGUUCACUGGGUUGGGUGGAGAUGGCCGAGGAAGAUUUGGCUCCUGGAAAGAGCAGCGUUGCCGUUAACAACUGCAUCCGACAGCUGUCCUACUGCAAGAAUGACAUUCGAGACACUGUUGGCAUCUGGGGAGAGGGGAAGGACAUGUACCUGGUGCUGGAGAAUAAUAUGUUGAACCUGGUCGACCCCAUGGACCGCAGUGUGCUUCACUCCCAACCAAUUGCAAGUAUCCGGGUCUGGGGCGUUGGCCGGGACAAUGGCAGGGACUUUGCAUAUGUGGCGAGGGAUAAAAACACCAGGAUCCUGAAAUGUCAUGUGUUCCGCUGUGACACACCAGCCAAAGCCAUCGCCACCAGCCUGCAUGAGAUCUGCUCCCGGAUAAUGACAGAGCGAAAGAAUGCCAAAGCGAUGGCAGGAGGCUCUCUCCAGGACAGGAUGCAGGCUGGACUUGAUCUCCCUUUACAAGCAGAGUUCCCCACACCAAAGACAGAGCUGGUUCAGAAAUUUCAGGUGCUCUACCUUGGAAUGCUACCUGUGGCCAGACCAAUAGGUAUGGAUAUACUGAAUGGAGCUAUAGACAGUCUAAUCGGUUCUUCCAACAGAGAGGACUGGACUCCUGUGGCCCUCAACGUGGCAGAUGCUACGGUCACCAUCAGCAAAGACAAGGAUGAAGAGGAAGUGCUGGUGGAGUGUCGUGUUCGUUUUCUGUCUUUCAUGGGCGUUGGGCGUGAUGUGCACACGUUCGCCUUCAUCAUGGAUGCUGGCAGCCAUCGCUUUGACUGUCACGUCUUCUGGUGUGACCCCAAUGCAGGGAACGUAUCUGAGGCCGUACAGGCAGCUUGUAUGCUGCGGUAUCAGAAGUGUCUGGUGGCUCGCCCCCCCUCCCAGAAGGCGUGCGGCUCGUCGCCCCCCGGUGACUCGGUGUCGCGUCGGGUCUCAACCAGCGUGAAGCGCGGCGUCCUGUCUCUCAUCGACACCCUCAAACAGAAGAGGCCCGUCACCGAGUUGCCGCAGUAACCACCACGGCAAACCGCUCGCCGGCUCUCUACCACAGCCCCCAGUCACCAUGGUAACUCCUCACAUUGCUGCCAAAAAGCCCGCCGCCACCACAGUCACCAUGGAAACACAGCAAACCCCAGGGUUUGGGGAACUCGUCACAAUUCCUUUGCUUUUUUUGGGAGCAAAUUGGAAUUUCACCUCAAGAGGUUAUCGGCUCUUGAGCAGCAAUUCAAGUCUGUCUCCUCAAAAUAACUGAGACGAAUAAAGACUCUGAACAGCCAUGAGAAACUCCUGAAUGAUGGUCAUGAAGGUGGUCGUGUACAUAUAAGUAACCACAUCCCCUCCCCCGGCACAAAGGAGCGAGGAGAUGAGAGCAAAAAUGGAAGAAGCAGGAUGCUCCUUCAAGCACAACACGUGUGAAGAGCGAGCUCAUGGCUGCUGAAAGGCUGAUCUCUCCGUGCUCUUAGUGCAUUUGUGUCUGCGCUUGUGCUGCCAGCAUGACCUUCCACACCCGGACACGCUCCCCACCACUCACCUGGUUGUCUUGUUAGUCUGUAGUGGCUUUUCCCCCCACCUCUGGCCCUCUUUCUCAUCAUCCUCAGUAGACUGUGACAGUAAACCGAUGAAAGGAAGCAGUGGUGAAAGCCGUCAAGUCUGAUUGUCACGUUAUCAGUAAGCAAUGAAUAGAAGAUAGAAGGAAGCUGCUGCAGACUGAAGAGAGAGAUCUGCUUGUCAGUCUACACCCUCUAACCCGUUCAGCUGACCCUGCAUGAACUUUUUAUCUAAAUGUGAACCAUUCUAUACAAUAUCAGUACACUGCUGCUGCUUUUAGAGACUAAAGGGGAGAGAAAUCAGAAGCCAAAUUGAUUGUUUAUCUUGUCUUAUAAGUUCUUUUUUUUUUGUUUCUCGUCAGUUGCGCAAGAAUCAGCAAGAACAAGUGGUGACCUUCCACCCGAAUCAUCCUCCAUAUACUUACGGUUUACGUUUUUUUAUUCUUCUGUUGUCCCUCGGAAAAAUGACAGACGAUAGCCAUAAUGGAGGCAGAGAGAUGGGGAUGGACAGUUUUGACCCUCUCUCCUCUGCUCGCCUGCUCUCUGGUAGCCAGCAAUAGACUGCUGCUCCAAACAGGAGUUGAAGGCAAGCUGCUGCCGCUGCUCUUUGAUACACAUGCUGGAGGAAAUUUGACUGAUUAUUCCUUUAAAUUUCACCUCAGUACCGGUCAUCAGAGACUUCAUGUCCAGUAAUUAAAGGAGAUCGGUGACAUAUUUUUAAAAAAGUUGAAGGAAGAGAAAGAAGACUGGAGGAAUGUGUUUUUAUACCUGGUUAUGGUUGUGAUCAUUUUAUUUUCCACAGCUGAGAUCUUAACUGCGGAGAUGAAAGAGACGGAAUGAUUUCAUCUUCAGCUUUGGCUGUUUUUGAGAGAAAAAGCCAACAAGAGAGACAUGUUGACUCAAACUAACAGGACUUUCCUGGGCUGCUAUCUAUCUGUCUCCAGGGUUCUGUUCACUUGAAUGCGCCUUGUCUGUUUUCUUACUUUACUUUUAUCAUCAGUGUCACGAAUCACUGGCUUUCGGUCUGUUUUGUGUGGAGUUUCUCAUGCAGAUCUUAAAUCCACCCUGCUAGCUCCUUAUUAUCACAUAUCUGACAAGCGUGGAUGUAUGGUAAUAACUAAUGAAGUCUUUCAUUUCACCUGAAAUCAUAAACGCAUUUCCCCGUCUGAUCGCAGCCUGUCCAGCUUUCCACGUGUUGAAACGGUGUGUACAUGGUUGCAGAAAAACUAGCUCACUAGCUUAGUGAUAGCGAACUGUGUUUUAUAGGCCUCACAUACAAGCUUUGUUCUCGAAAACGUUACUGACCAGAGGUAAAGCUAACAUCAGCACUUCUGUCCUGUCCUUCAUGAUAGCCGAUUGUUACUGUUGUCAGUCACGUUAGUUAAAGGCUGUCUGGAAAAGCCUUUUCUGUAGCUUUAAAAAUGAAAACAUAUACUGCUUGAAAAUAAGAACAGUAAAGCAUAAAUGUAACUUUCUAGUCCAAGGAGCCUCAGCUGUAUGUUAAUUAAGCAGCCUGACACAGUCUGAUUGCACAUUCUUCUUUGUUGUACAUAAGUAUUUACUGAGACAACCAGACUCUACACAGCAAUACAAGAACACAGUUUCCUUAUUUUCAUGAGUUCUUAGGAUCAUUCACUCGUAACGGUGCUUACUUUUUGUCUUUUAGCAUGAUACCGUUUAUGUCGACACCAAGUGCAUAUUCAAGACUGCUUUUACGAGAGUCGUUGACCUUUUUUUUUUAAAAAAAAAAAAAAAAAAAAAAGUCUCACUUUUAUUGACAGAAAUAGUGGAGAAGAAACUGGAAAUAGGGAGAAGAGAGAGAUGCAGAUUAACAUGCAGCAGUUGGAAUUGAACCGCUCAAAGGAAUCAGUGUUAUUGUGGCACCGUGACCACUUGGUCAUCAGGUCGCUCCACAAGAAUCCAGUUUAUCCCUCUGAACUCCAAGCAUUUUCUGCUCCUGUUAGAUUUUCAUUAACUGUGGGCUCAUUUUUCACUCCAGUAUAAAGUCUUGAACCUCUACGGAAACAGCAACCAUCGCUAGAAGUAGAGAGAAGUCAAAAAUGUUAUCAGUAACAAAGUUAGAACGCCAUACGUCAUAAAAUAAGCAAUACAUUUCUUUAUUUACUUUACAAAAUGGAAUAAACUGGAAACAAUAUGUACAAGUGCCCACAGGUGUUACCAAUACUGGAAAAAAAGUUGACUACAUACUAUUGAUAUUUUACUGCUUGUGCUUUUAAUUUGUUUUAAAAGUCCCUGAAUUCUUGUGAUGUCUUUGUAGGUUCCACCUGAAUCAUUAAAGACUCGACAGUUGCAUCAACAAGUGCAGAAUUUUUAAUUUUGUACAGAAUCUGGUUACUGCAAGCAGUUUAGUUUGGGCAAAUUUUGAAAUGAGACUCGUAGAACGAAGUGAUUUUGAUGUAAUGUCACAAUUUUAAGCUUAGAUUUGGUUUAAUAAUUGAAUGCUAUAUCACAAAUAAGUAGUUUGAGGGCCAUCAGAAAAGUCACAAUCUACUGUUUUCCUCUGAUAAAUGGUGUAACAUUUUUAAAGACAAGAUGCUUUUUAAAUCCACCAGCAGGCUUUGGGGUUCAGAGGGAUAAGAGACAGAGAAUUUAUUUAACUUCGCUUGCAAGCUGAUGAAAUCUGGCUACCUAAACUCAAGGUAGUGGGUUAGCAUGAGUAGCUUUUUUUGUUUGCUUUGGUGUGGAAAAAAUAGAAGUAAAUUGCACAUUUCAAGUGAUACAUCAGCCACUUUUACAACUGUAAAUGUACCAUGUGAGGAAGGAAAGCUUGACAGGCGACGCAAAUUAAGGGGAUGUUUUGCUGAACGAAAACAAAGUGUUAGAAACCUCGUUGCAUCUUGCUUGUUGAUUUGGUGAAAUCCACUUUAAAGGAACUAGUUUUGUAAUGGAGAUUGUGAUGAGAAAAUUCCUCCACGUCACCUUCUUCUUUUGUCACAGGGAUGUUGAAAUGUGAAUGAGACAACAGAUUCUGUGUGUAUAUAAAAACCCAUUUAAUGUAACAUCUGGCAUUAAUCAUUUUUAUAAGCUAUCUUUUCUCUUUUUUUUUGUUGAAUGUCUUUAGUUUUCUCUUAUUUUCUUGUAAUGAAAUGCCUUUUUUGAAAACUCACCAAAUGGCCAAAGUGUAAAAUACUGAUAUACGUCGUUGUAGAUAAGAAAAAUACGAGAGCAAAUGAUGAAAACAGUAGAGGCGAUCGGAAAUUUUCACAGUCGUCAAUUAAGUUGAUACUGAAUUUAACUGAGCAAUUAUCUAUGCAUUCUUUUGAUCUGGAGAAAUGGAAAGUCAUGAAAAGCCUUGCAUGCCCUUGGAUGGUUGAAAGAAAGACUGUAUGUAUUGAACAGAAAUAUUUUUUAUUUUAUUUAUUCUAUUUUAUAAAGGUAUAUACUGAUUUUAUUAUUUGGGGGCAAGUAAAGUCUCUUGACUCUGUGUCAUUGUCUUGGUCCCCGGUUAAACUCACAACGCUACAACAAGCUCCGCUUUGCAGAAAAAACAGCAGAUAAAGGAAUAUAUCUUCACCUUGUACAGUGCACUGAGAGCUGGGAGUCCACUGCUGUCUGAGGCAUGAAAAAGAAGAGGAGGAGGAGGAAGAUGGGAGCAGCAGUCGACUCCCGGUGCCUCUGUCAAGCUCACACAUAAACAACAACAAACACACACACUCCAUUUCCCAUAGAUGGAUGUGUUGGCUUCCGUUUGCUGCUCACUGAUUUGUACACUUUAUCAAUGUAACCAAUUGUGAGAAUAAACGGCAUUAUAAAACUCA